UAGUCAUUUCACUUAGCUCCAGGUACCUCGUAGGUCUUUGCAUAAUUCAUUAUUGUCAUUAUUGAUAAGGUAAGGUAACAGCCCAAGGUCAAUUGUGGCAUAAGCACACUGCAGCACCGCCUUUCGGGGUCUUAUCGAUAAGACCCUCGAAGCUUUGAACCAAGCUCCGUCUGAUCUACAAAACAUUGACCACUGACCUCCCCUCCACCAUCCAACAUCGGAAGAGAAGAACGACGUCCCUGUACCUCUCGCUCACAACAAGGCUCGACGCAAUGGCGCCGAACGAAUCUACCGUGGCUCUGCGACCAUGGCCCGCGCCCGCCAAAGACGAGACAUCCUUUGAGCAUGUCUUCGACCAGGUGCAUCGCCUCGCGCUCCAGCGCGGCCAUCUUCGCUCCGUCACCGAGAAGGGCCUGCAGGAGGAGAUUGACGCAGGACAGGAUAUCGCGGGAGACAUCAUCGAAGGCGUGGAAAAGGAGGAUGGCGCCGAGGACAAGAAGUCGGCUCAGACGCGGGAGGAGAGGCGGGUACAGGUCAUUGAGACUCGCAUGGAGAUGCACAAGAAGCUAGAGUUUGCGAAAUUCGCCGCUUCGAAUGCGCUGGAUCUCGUGUCGCUGGUUUUAACGAAGGAUUCUACCAAGAAGAUUCCCGAGAAUGCGUUCAGUCCCAUGUUCAAGCAGCAGAAAUUGCCCGCUGCAUCUUUUGGAAUCGAUAGGGUCAAUGAAGGAGCGAAGAAACCACAAGAUCAGCAAAGGGAGGAGCAAUUGGCAGCAAUGCAGUCGCUUGCUGCGAAAGGAUCGCGCAUGAAGACGUUGGAUAAUUCCGUGGAUGAUUUACUCCGCGCCGCGACAAACCUGGAGACCGAAGUACGCAAGGAGACCAAGUAUUGGAACGAGCUUCUAUCUAUAUCCCAAAAGGGUUGGUCUCUGCAAAAGCAACAGAGGAGAGAUCAACGACAAGCGCCUUUCCUAGUUCGAUUCGGUGAGCCCGAAGCCAGCGGCCAGUUCAGAGCUCGCGGCGCUGCUCCUCUCCGAAUGGCCAAAGAGGGAGGAAUCGUGCUGGACCCGGCUCUUCGAUUGAACCCGAAGACCAUGCGCAUAAGAAUCAAAGAAGGGAAUGAUAUUACGGGCAGUUCCAGCUUACCAGCGCAAGGAGAUACCUCCAAUAUAGGGAUCGAGAAAGCCAUCCAAUUUGCCCGAGAUUCAUUGUUCGAGGAAGAGCUGUAUCACGAGCUGGCCAUAGAAAGCCGCCAACUCGUAUCGUAUGGUGUGGAAGUUAAGAAUUCUGUCAUCAACAUCUUGAUUCCUGCCUCAAGCAGCACCGCGAGUGAUCGAACAAUCCUGAUUGACUGCGUGGAACGAGACGGUGAAUUGGGCACUUCUGAAGCGCUUCCACAGGAUGGUCUGGCUCGCAAUGUAGCCGAAGCACUGCGACUCCUGCUCGCGCAUGACCAUCGCAUGCGUCUAUACCGAAGAUCACGACUUCCCCCGCCACUAUCUCAACAGAAACGAGCUACACCCAGUCCACCAUUACUCCGACCUUUACUCUCCUUCAUCUACCAUAUCCAGGCUGUAGACUCAUUACGCAACUACCUAGACAACCUCGUCAACGUCCUCGCAAGCGCAGGCCUACAAGUAUCCCUCGACUUCUCCCGCGAGACCUCCUGGGCCACACUCACCUCACACCUCCAAUCCUCCAAAUCCGCCGACCUCUUCGCCAUCGACCAACUCCUCGAAACCUUCAUCCACCCCUCCGACGGCCUCGCAACCCUCAGCCUCCCCUCCUCCGUCGGCUCUGCCACCGAAAAACUCACCAUCGCCACCAAAACGACAAUCGGCCCGCCAACCUACGGCGUAGGCUUCAAAGUCACCCUCCCCCCGUCCCUCAUAACCGUCCUCGACCUCUCCGAAGACCAGCCCCGCGACUUCCGCUUCUCCACCGUCGAAGCCGUCACCUCGUACCUCGACUGGGUCGUCGCGCUCGACAUCACGCACACGCUGCUCGUCAAGGAGUACCCCAAGCUCGCGUCCAUCCAGAGUAACGAGCCGCGCGUCACGAUCGCGCGCUGGGAGAAGAGGAAGCGGUUCGAUAAGGAGAUUAGCGUGGAGUUGAGCGGGGGGACGCUCAAGUUGGAGGCUUUCGAGGCGCAUUUUACGAAGGGGACGCCCGGGGUGGAGGAGUUCACGUGGGAUGGGAGGGGGUUGGGUAAGGGGGUGUCGUUUAAGGAGAAGGUUCAUGGGUUUGUGACGGAAGCGUAG